AAGGAUGUUUAAAUUAUAUUUCUCUGUAACAGUGAAUAAUUGUAUAACGGGUAAAUAAACUAUGGCCCGCAAAGGACAGGUUGCCAUCCAGGACUCCGUUGAAACGGACGAGGAGUUUGAGCUUUAUCUCAAUGCAAAUGUACAAAGAUUGAUUUGUAUGGAAGUGUACUCGGAUUACUGCGGUCCCUGUCUCGCCACCGCCUUCGCUGUACGUAAGGGCAAGAUGGAGAUAGGACAAGAUCGGAUCGCUAUGGUCAAGGCCAUGUCCGACCAUAUUGACGCACUUUCCCGAUUCAAAUACAAAAGUGAACCAGUAUUUCUCUUCAUAUCGAAAGGCAAGCUGACCCGCGCGCUGUUCGGCGCAAACGGGAUCGAGCUGUGUCGACUCAUCGAGGAGGAGUUGGCGUUAACACAGAAGGAGAUUGAUACGGGCGCCGAGCGGCCCAAGCAGGAGAUCACGGACCAGCUGCCAGAGGAGAUAAUGCGCAUCGAAGACGAAUUAAAGCUAGAGUCUCAGAUGAAAGCGGAGGAAGACCGUAUACGAGUCGCGACUCUAGCGGCCCGCAAAAAACGAGUCUCCGAAAGGCUGUCACGCUCCGUGGCCGGCCUGAACUUCAUACUGUUCUUCCCGCACUGCCACCGGGCUUACUAUGACCUCUACGAGAACUGGGACAUGCUUAGCAUACAAGUAGCAGCCAAGGAGGAGAUUCAGAUCACAGAGGACAUGAUACCCGAGGUGCUGUACAUGAGCGACGUGGAGCCCAACGAGGCGUGCCUCCACGCGCUCUGCCACGGGCCGGCGCUCGUCGUGCUGUUCAAGUUCUUUGACAACGACUACAGGAGCUUCGUCAAGGUGCUUCGCCACUUUCUGUACGAGAUGAUCCCGGAGCCCAAAGAAGACGUGCCCCCGGAGAAGCAAAUCCCGCCCAUCCCGGCGUACGAGCGCUACGCCACCAUCAGCAAGACACCGAGAGAAGUGCGGCGCGACCGUUAUAACGCCAUGCUGCAGAGACUGAAAGACGAGGAGGAAGAACGGCAGCGUCUGGCGGCGGAGCAGGCGCGCCUGGCGCGAGAGGCGGAGGAGGAACGCCUGGCGCAGGAGAAACAGCGCCUUGAGGAGGAGAAGAUGGCGCGCAUCGCGGCUGGGUUGCCCGCGUCUCCGGAGCCCGAGCCAGUGACCGAGGCGGAGCAACUGCCAGAGGGGGAGGAAGGGGAACGACCCGAAGGGGAGCUCCCUGAAGGGGAGAAGGCGGAGCAGACGGAGGCCACAGAGGCAGCUCCGGCUGAAGAAGCCCCUCCCGAGGAGGUAGUCGAGGAGUUCCACUCGGACGUGGAGGUGGAAGGCGAGGAGUACAUACCCCCGGGCGGCCUGUUCGUGCCCGGCCUGUACUCGCCGCCCAAUGACCUCGCCAAAGCCAACGGACUGAAGCUGUUCUUCCCUAAGGUCAUCGCAGGACUGACGAAGAUCGAGUCGGAGCACCUCCCGCCGCACACGCUGGUGAUGUUCCCGGCGGACAAGCGCGAGGUCGUCAAGGAGGUCGUCGACCAAUAUCCUGAAGAGAUACUCAAUUUGGGGAUCUUCCACGGCGAUGAUUUGUACUCGCUGGAGCACGUGGCGUACACCGUCAAGCAGUACGACAAAAUGGAGCGGGGCUAUCCGUACAAAUCCAAAGACCGCGUGGCGGUGAUGGUGUCCCGUAAGCGGAGUCUGCCGCUGCUGCAGCUGGCCGGGCUCAACCCGACCUAUAUCAGUAUCGACCCGCCUACGGCCGUGCGGGACUGUCUUACCCUGUUCCCUGUAGGCUACGGAGACGAUUAUGAGGAGGAGGAGAGCGUAGUUGAAGAGGAGAUUGUGGUUGGUUACUUACCUUAGU